UUCCAGGCAUCUAGUCACACUUGUAGUGAUCUAACUUUAAUAAAUAUGUUUGAUGUAAUUAUAUAUUCCAGUCAAGAUCAGAUUAAAAAUAACAUGCUGUAUACUGUAUAAUACAAUGAUUUAUUAUUUUUGAAAAAUGUCAUAUUCAUAAGACAAAAUGGUCUGGCACAAGCCAACUUUCCUGCACCUUAUAAAUGAAUUCAAACAGUAGCCUAUAGCACCAUCUUACCAAAUAUUAAAAACAAAAAAGCCGUGCAGAUUUUAAAAAUUUUAAAUAAUUAUUAUAUGAUGUAUAUAACAUAAACACAAACCCUGACAAUAUGAAAUGUAUGUAAUUGUUUUUGUUUUGUCUUCUUUUUUGUUCAACUGUAGGCCUAUGUAUCUGUACCUCUUUUAAUGAGCAUCAAGUUCAAGAGUUCAAUAAAGAAAAAAAAAAAAAAAAGGCUAAUUGAGCUGGACCAGCAGGCUACCACGUUGUAUCCUGUUUACCAAAGAGAUCCCACAUGAAGUUGACACUGACUAGAAUAAUAGUAUUAAACAGUCAGGUACAGUCAAUAUAGUGUUAAACUGUAACAGUUUAUUUGCAAGACAGAAUGUGAAGUGAAGUAUUUGUAUCGUUUAAUGUCUCUGGCCUCACAAUAAACACAUUCUAGAACGUAUUCUAGAACGUUAGCAACACUGUAGCUACAUCAGCAGGCACAGUUAGCAGCUAGCUGGUUGACUAGUGUAGCUAAUGCUAAUAUCAUUAGCUACACUAGUAAACACAUUCUAGAACGUUAGCAACACUUUUUAGCUGCAUCACCAGGCAGAGGUAGCUAGCUGGGUUACUAGUGUAGCUAAUGAUAACAGCUAGCUGUUAGCCAACCGGUUAGCUAGCAGUGAUGGAGCUCUGACUGAGACAACAAGAUAUUAACCACUUCAUCCCCAUUAAGGAAAGAAGAAUGGGCUUCAGUAUCAAAUAAGGAAUGACUGGAAGGCAAAAAAGGUGCAGGGGUCUGUGGAUGACAGGAAGUGUGGCAUUUUGAGAUUAUGAAGAGGUCAGGCUUUCCUCCAGUGAAGAACAUAUUUCAUGGCAGCAUCCGACGCUUAAAGCUACCUCCUUGGAGACACCUGCUCACACUUCUCUGAGUGUGUUCAACAUGUGGAAAUAAUUUACAUCAAACAAUACUCUUCCCCACCGGAUCAAACCAGGCAGCGAUGCAGGCUGGUCAUCAGGUAACCAGCAGCACCUCUCUCCAGAUCCCUCCUCAGCCUGAGACCGCCGUACUCAGUAACCGACACUCAAUCCAGCCCGUCCUGUUCCAGGCCAUCAUCAAUCCUAAGAGAGGUAUGGAGGGACAGACACCGCAGCCCCCCAGGAGCUGCAGCUCACCUGCUGGGAAAUCAUGCUGGAGCUUGGAUGCGAGGGUGGCCGUGCUUCUGGUGACUCUGGCUGGAGCUGUAAUCCUGCUGCUGCUGUACAAACUCUUACAGCUGAGACACAGGCUGAGGCUGGCCACGGCGAGGCACGCUCUGGAGUACUACAGCUUCUACCACACCGCUACCUACACACUCGAACACGCUGCCUCGCAUCAGGACCUGCCAGACAAAAACGGGACGGUCGCCGAAGCUACACCACCUGUACAAAUCGUAACCUCGGUGACACCCGCUGUCAUCAGCCCACUCCCGCCCCCACCGGUGCCUUCUCCACCUCCACCCCCACUGCCGCUCCCCCCACCUCCUGCCUUGCCUCCACCACUGCUCCACACUCCACCUGCUCUCACUCCGACACCGUCCGUCCUGGCCUUUCCUCUCCCCCUGCCUGUGAUCCACACCACCCCGCCCAGCCCUCACCUGUCGUGGGGCGCCUGCUCGGACGCAGACGUGUACUCUCGGAUCGGAGCUUUCAGGCCCUCCAGGCUCUCCAGCCUCUCCAACCAUUCGAAAGUCAUCCUUUUUGAACACUCGUCUCUCUGACCUCUGACGCAGAACAUGACUGGAGACGUCAACAUGUGACGUCUGACAUGUGAAGACUGUAGUGAUUACCAAAAAUACAUUCUGCCGACGGACUGAUAAUCACACGGGGAUGAUUAAGUGUUUGGUCAGAGUGCUCUUACUGUAUGUACGCAGUAUACUGAGUACUAUCUACACUUUGUACCAGACCUCUGCAAAAAAAAUUGCAGUUUGGAGCAAAGCAUCUUUAAUUAUGUUUUGUUCCAUUAGUGCGUGGGGUAGUCUCUUAAUUCAGACAGGUGGAAGCACUGUGACAGUUUCUUUCCCUGAAGAACAUUUACCACCUCACGUCUAUUCUGAAACUUGUUUUGGAGGUAAAUAAGAAAGCUAAACUACUGAAGAAAGACUUGUUUUUGUAUGCUCUGUAUUGAUAAUUGCUCAUCAUUCCGAGCGUCACAAUCUCCAGGAUCAUCGUUAGAGUUUUAUAAAAGGCGAAGUUUAUUCAGUCUUGGAUGAAUAUUUAGAUUAUAAACAAUUUAAGUUAAGUUUUGCCUUUGAGUUUUUCCAACUUGGAAUUGUCCCUUUGGUUGCUUUUGUUACUUCAACAGUAAAAGCAACUUUUAAUUUAACAUUGUCCCAAUGCCAAAUUUGCUGAGUCAACUUAACUGAAUUUGAGAACUUAAGUUAGGCAGACUCAUUUUAAGGUAGCCAAACUGUUUUAAACUGUUAGUAACCUUGACAGGAGUUUCUAAUUGGGCUUCAUUUCUAGUCACAUUAGGCAGCGCACUCAAACUCAAUAGACGGGAAUGCAAAUCGUUCAGAGGCAAAGGAGCACGAUGUUAGUGCCGGAGUGUAGGGUUGGACCAUGGCUUGGAGGUAGGAAGGCGCAGUUCAUUUAACUGCAGAUGGGUUUACAUUGGAGUUAGUUGAAAGCUCGGUUUGUCACAUACUGUUUCUAACGGGUACCUCCGUGCGUCGGUUUCCGACGCCGAGUGGCACUUACCAAAUGGCGUUAUUUGACGAGUUGGGAUUGAGAACGGGUUGCAUAGACAGAGGGAGAGUGACUUCAUUCUCUGCUCAGGUAGACAUUACUCCUCUAUAUCUAAUAGUUGUUUGCUGCUAUAUUAAUGCUCUGGAUGUCGAAUUUAGCACCUUUAAGCUGGUUAUGGUAUUACACGGGGCAGCAUCAAAGAAACCUGAUAUAAAGUUAACAUGAUGUAAAGUUUUCCUGCAUUCAACAGCUAAAAAACACAAGUCAAUAGAACUUUCUCACUUUGUAAUGCAUCACAACCAAAUUAACUGUGAAAGAGUUUGGUUUGUUGGCGUUUUUUUCCCUUAAAUACUGAUCAUUUAUAUUCCUGGGGUAUAAUGUCUUCAUUUUUACAGUGUAGUUAUUGUCGGAGAGUCUAUUGUUUCCUCAAGUGGAGGCAUUUCCUUAGCCGGUUUUCCAUGGCACGGCCCCUCCCUGUUUCACACCAUUCUCUGUGUUUCCUCUGACUCACUCUCUGUAGCAGUCUGCAUUUCCUUCACUUACAGGCUGUGAAGAGUCAUAAUAAGUCCUUUAAUUCAAACAAAUGAAUGAAUUCUAUAUUGCCAAUUUGUCUCUUUAACAGAUUCAAAAUCACAGUACAACAAAGAUAUAAUUAGUACACGUGAAACAGCUGAAUAAUUUGUUCUUUAGUGAGCAGACUAAGACAUUUACAGAUGAGCACAGAUUCUCUAAAGUGGCGCCACGCAGGUAACAUCUGUCUGUUGCUGAUAAGGUAACCUGAGCGUCCACCUUGGCCCUAACAAGCUGUUAAGAUGAGUUUUCUUUCAAUAUUCAACCACGUUUUUCCUCUCAUUUAUAUUUCAACAAUAGUGUAUAUAUACACGAGGGAAGCUGUUUUAGUUGAUGCUUGUUUGUUGCUUUUUGCUGAAAGCCGAGACCUUGUGUGACAUCCCUCCUUAGUGUAUUCUGUGUGUAAGUCUGCUAUAGUGAGGCCACUGUCUCCAUACUAAAAGCCAGUUAAUUCAAUCUGUGCAUGUACUGCAGCAUUGUCUCUUAAUUGGUUGUAAGAUGAGCAGGAAAGACAUUUGUAACAAUAUACCGCCGCCGCAAUUAAACAAAACGAGGGAACGUCAUGCAAGGAUGAAUAUGGAUGUUUGUGUUCCCGAUCUGAUUAAUAUUAAUUGAAGGUUUUCAUCUCAAAAUGUUAUUUAUCCA